CAAGUAGAUGCCAGCCUCUUCAUAGCUGCUAUUAAGCAAGUAUGUCGUGAAAUCUUUGAUUAUCUUGAAGGUUUUCUUGUAAAUCUGGUAAAGCCUUUGGAUUAUCUUGAUGGAAACCGUCAAAUUGUUUAUGAGAAGUCAGUAGAAGGUCUACCAUAUAAUAACUAAAGUACUUGAAUCUGUUUUUCUAGUGUAGAGAGGCCUAGAGGAAACUUGCAUUGUGGUUGAUAAAUAUUUAAGAUCCUUUGGAAAUAUCAAACAUUGAUAAUUUGACGACUUUUUCUUCAUUAGGGCUUUUCCAUCCAACAUUUUAAAAACAAAAUCGUCUUUACAUAAAUAUACGAAAUAAAACAAAAGUAAUUUUCCAACAUAUGGCAUUGGCGUCUUUUUUAUGCUUUAUCUAUUCCCUACUCGAAUAUUACCCUUUUUUACUACUACGUUGAGUUUAUUAUGGUGCUUUGAUGUUGAGGUUACGGUAAACGUUUUCUGGAUGAAAACUGCAUGAAAAGAUGAUUUUCGAUUUUUUCACAUUCAAGUAACCAUACUUUCAAGGCACACAUGGAUACCAAAUUUGAAACAAACAGAAAUUUGAAAUUGGAAAAAACCCCAAGCAAACGAAGGUUUACAUAAUUUCUUUAUCAAAACUUUUAGUUAAGGUCUGAAAAUCUCUUGACCUGUUAAGCCGAUUAUCGUUGCUUUGCGGUUGUGGUCGCAUGUCGCAUUUACAAUAUCGCAUGGCCCAUCCAUGUACCCCGGCUGUGUUUAUCUAAACAGGCUUAUUCAUCUUAAAGCUUCAAGUGACUUGACCCAGAUUACACUGUGGUUUACUAGUGUACCUUGCAAGCGCGAUCAGUAAAAUCCCGUUUUCUACGGACUUACAAUUCCUCUACAUACAGGUACGAAAAGGCUAUUUUGUACACAAGGAACCAAUCGAAUGGCUCAAAAAUUUGCACAUGGCCAGGACGGAUGUUGGGUAAGCAAAGUAUGUCUCAAAAGUUUUGUAUUUGCUCUGGCCAAGAGAUCUUGUUUCAUUUUUGUAAUUGUUCACUUAAACCUGUUUGACAAUAGCAUUCCUGUGGUCAUUUAUUACGAAUCUGGGGAUGAAAAGUACUGCCUAGGCCAACUAGCGACAUUGGAAACCAAGUGGUAGAAAAGUGAAAUUUAUCUAGCAGAAAUUGACUGACAACCGCAUAUUAUAUUGCACAUUCUCUCGAAUUAUUGUCAUUUUGACACAUCUCAAUUUUCUGCGAGUCUUUUUUAAUUUUUGUGCGACUCACUUGAAUUUUGUGCGAGUGGUUUUUCUUUCCACGUGAAUCGGUUUGUUUCAAUGUGAAUCUGAUUGUAUGCGAAUCCAUUUAAUUUAAGUGCGUGGCAGUUGUGGACAGGGCCGUCGAGAGACGGGUCCGGCCCCAGGGCUGGGACUGUCAUGGGGCCCCACAGUCGAAGGCUGCAAAAACCUUUUUUGGGUUACGCCCUUAGCAAUGCAGUUAGAUAGACUGUAAAAGGCAUGACUUUUGAAAUCAAGGCCCCUGAAACACUUGAAUUUGUAUUUUAAGGUCUUUAAACAGAACAUGCAAUUAGUGACUAUAUAAAACAAAUCAUUAAAACAAAUCAGUUUAAAACAACCUGCAUGGCAAACAAUAGAGUGCAGCCUUUGUAGGACUGAAAACAAGCCAGCUUCGUCUUACUACUUCCCCAUUUUGCUGCUUCACAUUUAGGACCGUUGUUGGAAAUUUGUGGCCGUCGCAAUCUUUGGGAAACUCUGGAGGAUGAGGCAAAUGACCAGUUCUAACAACCUUUUUCUAACUCCUUUAUCGUUGGAAAUCCGGUCAAUGUGCCGACAUCAAAACUAGAUGAUCCACUAUGAACAGUAUCUUGAUUCAAUGAUGAAUCAGUAGUGCUUUCUCUACUAUCUGUGGUGCCAUGGUCUACCGAAGCAGCCAAGCCGUUUGUGUCUUUUUCUUCUUCAGCAGUGCUUUGAACAGAGCUUUCACCAGGUUUAUUGAAAGUUGAAUCACCUUCCUUGUCUCUUUUGUAAGCACCAACCUCAAACAAUGUGCGAGAGGCUUUCUUUGCUUCUUUUUCUCACAUCUUUUUUCCUGCCUUUUCUGAGCACCAGACUUGUGCCUGUAAGAUGACAUCGCAGGGGGUGGUUGGAUCGUUCGGAUCGUAGCGUUUGGAUUUGUCUUGGUUCUUCGCAUGUGCUUUUUCUCUGGUGUACGCCGUGAAUGGAAGAUUUAGGUUUACGUUUAUAGGAAGUCCACACAAGGAAUAACUAUAACAUUUGACCUAAAAGUAGAUAUAUGUAAGUGCAAUCGAAUUUUUCGGCUUCCGGAGAAGUAUAUUAUGAUCGUAUCGUCAAUGUUCUAAUUAUAAACCUUAACAAGAAAAGGCCCUCAUCAUAGACCAGCUUGUUGAUUCCGUGUUGAAAGAUUAAAUUUCGAAUAUCAAUCGGGUCAUGGGCCCGCCCUGCCAAUGCAGCUAAUUGAAAACUCAUAGCCAAAAAUACAUACCUUAUUUUCUACGGGCCCCCUGGUAACUACCCUGGUUACCCCCCCCCCCUCUCGACGGUCCUGGUUGUGGGCCACCGUAAACAACCCAGUAACAACCAAGUAACAAGCGGAACAACCCAGUAUCAAGCAAAACAACCCAGUGAAAACCCAGUAACAAAUGGAACAACCAAGUAACAAGCGGAACAACCAGGUAACAAGCGGAACAACCUAAUAUCAAGCGAAACAACCGUCAAUCACGUUUGUUAUAUAAAUUUCUUUUUUGGUAGAUCGCAGCCACUUUCCCCCCUUGUGUGUGAUGGACAAGUGUAUCGAAAAACACCUACAAGGCAAGACAAGAGCUGGUAGGUUGGUACACCAAAAGCCCAAAUUGAUUUUCGUUAGAUAAGGUCUUUAAAGGGGGGGGGGAUCGAUAAUUCUUAACAAUAGAAGGGUGUAAUAUUCAGUGUAUAAAGAGUAUAUUCAAGGACCGAGAUGCCGGGAGGGCCUCGGUCCCCCUCCUCCUCCAAAAUGAAGACUUAAGUAUUAUAAGUAAAAUAUUUUUAUUUUGUAAAAUAUAGUUGUUUUUCCACUUAGGCUCCCCCCUCCCCCCAAUGUAACGGUUUGGAUUUUAUAUUUAUUCAAUUUAGUAAAGUUCCCGUUGCGUGUUAAAGUCACAUGUUCUGUUAAGUCCCAGGGUUAAGUCCUGUUGUGUUGUGUGAACGCCUUUUUAUGGCAAUGUGUUUGUCUUUCAACAUGUAGUGUGUAGCCUGCGUGCAGACUUUACUAUCCGUUGCGAAGGAGAGCCAAUACGGAACUUGGGCUAGUAGUGUGACGCUCGUAUUGUCCUGUUAAUUAGCUUCUGUUUAUGUCAUUAAUAUGUGUUGAUCACAAUAUAAUAUAGUCUUUCUGUUGAAUCAUUAGAAUUAAGAUCAAAGAAGGAGUAUCUUUUGUGCGUUACUUGUUCGAGGCCUAGGCCCUUUGGCCUAGCCCAUCGCUCCAUCAACGAGCUACACUCUUUUUUUUAUAAGAACAAUUUUAUAAGAACACGAGCCUCAAAACUGGUCAAAAGUUAAGAACAAAUUAAUAACAAGCUGAGGCUGAGCUUCUGCAAAAUGCAAUUUUGAACAACAUUUUUCUCAAAAUGGAGGCUUUUCAGCGAUGUGUGGGUACUUUUUCGGUGAAUAUUCAAAUUUGUCAGCAAAUUAAAGCUGUCUCACUCACUUUGUUGGCAAAUGAGGCCUGAACACCUCCUUAGAGUGAAAUAGCUAGCGAUAGCACUGCUCAAACCCUCUUAAUUUAAGAACAAAUUCAGGGGUGGCGCUAGAGACAAACAUUCAAGGUGCCGACGUUUAUAGUCAACGAAACUGCCGACAAAAAAUUCAUCAAACUGCCGACAGUAAAAAAGAAAAUGAGAUACAUAGUAAGCAUUUGGGCGACGUGCCCCGCAUAGAAACAAAAAUCAAUAUUCAGUCUCAGAAUCAUUUUUGAGAAUAUUUUAAGCACAUAACUCAGUCUCAGCUUUGCAUUAUUGUAUAUCAUACAUUUUUCAAAAAACGCAAAAUGUUCUCCAGAUGGAGUGUUUCAUUGACAAUAAUGCUGUCUCCCUCUAAUAGAAAAAGGAAUCCUUUAGCAACAGAAUUCAUUAUCAAAUAAUUCUGCUUUAGGGGUAUAUUCCUGAACCGGUUUUGAACGUUUUCCAGAUAAAGGAUCUCUGCUCGUUUUAAAUUUAUUACAAGGAGAGGCCACCGAGAAGAUUCGAGGCCCUAGAGCAAGAGUAAAGGAAGAAGCCCUUGCGUGCGAAGCGAGCAGAAAAUUUUUGCGACCACGCCCUUUAGAUUUGCAUAAAUAGAUUGCAAAUCAUUUUAAGGCGCACUUAUGCUACGUUUAAUUAAUUCCAUUCUUAAAAUUAAAUUCAUUACUUUAUGAGGCUUCCCCCUUUUGGCGGUCCUGAUUCCGAUCAUCAAUCGAGAGUCAUUCUUCUCUUCAUCUUCAUGUAAUUUUUUACAAUGCGUAGAGAAGUGAACGAUCGUUUUCAGAUGUGAUGCGAGGGAGCGCUUACUGAAGUACCCUGAGUACCAGGCCAUAUAAUCAGGUAGUGAAAAUAGAAGAAUAUGGUUCAUUUAACACCUCAUUGAGCUUGACAAAGAAAGCCCUAAUGGGGUCUGGGAAUGAUCAAUUAUAAAAAAUAUUUACGCAUAAAUUUAUAACGGCCUGUAGCAAGCUUUCCUUAUCUUUGUUUGGAAGGAGGGUCUACGGCGUAGGCUAUCAAGCGACAUGAUAUCGUGCCGGUACGCUGUAAAGAUGCCGACAAUUAGUCAAAAAGAAAAUUCAGAAACCAGCCACGGAAAUUUUCUUGUUUUCUUCUCUAAACUUCUGUAAACUGGAUGAAGUCGGAGGAAACCCGAGGAGUGCACCAAAAAGACGUCCCAUGCUCUUAGAAUGGUCGGGCAACCUCAACGGUCAUGUGCUCGCGUUUAUGAUUGGCCUAUUUCUAUCCACAAUUGGGUAUGUAUAGAUCCUAGCUUAGUGUUUUGAUCUAUGUUCUGACGUUUUGAUCUAUGUUCUGAUUUAUAGGAAGUGUGGCAGACGAAAAACUUGCGUAUAACUCAAAAUGUUUGCUCUUUUCAAAUUCAUUUUGAACCCCUUAGAAUGUUAUUCAAGCAAAACUUAUUGCUGUAACCUUUUUUCUGUCAAGAUCUUAUAAUGAUGUAUUCUUUAAGAUAUCCCUGAUGCAUUCGCUACACCCUUUGUAAAAGCAAUACAAUAUAAACAGAAUACGUUUAUCAAAUGAAUUGUGCUUAUCUCAUUUUCUAUUGCUUUUACUUCUAAGGAAUCUAUUGACCCCUAGAGUUCUCCUUGUAUGAAAUUUGGACAUGUAUUUCUGAUUCAAAUCGACCAAAUUUUUUCCGAAGUCGUCGUCUAUGUCCGAAUGCCUGGAAUCAAUUGGUCAAAAAUUUCUGGAAUUUAGUGUGAGGGGGGAUCUCAAAGUAGUGUAAACCACCAGCUGUACACCAACAUCCGGGGCCCUAGAGCGUGCGCCUCCACCCUGUACUUAAAAACUCAGAAACUUACUUCACCUGUUCCGCACUUAUUUUUCGAAACUUGCACCUGUAAAAACUUGCUCUCUUAUCUCUACUGGGCAGUGAAAUUAAUAAUUCACUGGUGUGAGAUUGAAGAAAGUCAAGUUAAUGUAGUAAUAGUGUCAUUUGGGAAACAACUCAACUGCACAACGGUUCAAGCCAUUUCUGUUCCGUGUUCAAGCUGAUACCAUGAACUGGACAGUGGGAAACAGCCCUGACGCGCAUUUGCCUGUUCUCUGCAAAGGAAAUGAGCAAUUGGAGCACAAAGAGAGUGUCAUUUCAGCAUACCUGGUAAUUAUCGUGUCAGUUUUUAUAUCCAUCGCUGCAGUUAUCCUGAAUCUCCUUAUUUGCUAUGUCAUGGCUACAAACAGCCAUCUACGCACACCUUCGGGAAUACUCAUAUUAUUUAUGGCCAUCACUGACUUUCUCAUCGGCAUUGUCACCGUACCUUUAUCCAUAGCCAGACAGUCGUUUUUCAUUAUGGAAACUCCACCUCCCUGUCUUCUAAGUAGUAUUUUUUUGCAGUCAGCCGUUGUACCAACUACUGUAACAUUGUUUCUGUUGGCACUUCUAAGCGUUGAUAGAUACUUGCAUGCUAUAUACAGUAGAAAAACGAGCGGCUGGAAACUGACCAGAAAAUACAUCAUUUUUUUUGCCUUGAUGUGGCUCUUUGCCAUUGGAUUUAUGAUCCCAUUUCAUGUAGAUAGAUCAUAUGAGAAAAUAGCUUCUGCACUUGGUUUGUUCUUUGCUACCUCAUCCGUUUCUUGUAUUGUGUUCACGCACACAAAAGUUGGUCUUUUUCUGCUGAAGAGCAGAAGAGUCAUCGCAGGAAGCUCCGUCCAACCUUCGGCAGAUUUCAGAAGGCGAUGGGUACGCAAGUCAGUUGUUACACUGAUCAUAAUAAUUGUUGUCUUUGUCAUUUGCUGCAUACCAAGACUUAUUUACACUAUCUUGAGUUAUCGACAUGGGCCUUUGCGAUACCUAGAACUGCAUACGUGGUCGGCGACAGCGAUUUUCUUCAACAGUGUUGCAAACCCUAUUAUCUAUCUUAGCAGAAGCAGCAACGUUCAACGGAUACUAAAACGAUACAUUGACAAUCUAAGACAAGAGCAAUGAAAGUAGCAAUCAUCGACUCUGACUUAUUUCAAGCAAAACAGAAACUUUUUUGGAAAUACAGGUUCAAUGCGGUAUUUGAUGCGCAAUAAUGCCUUUUGAGGAACAAAAAUUAAACAAGGGAUUGCAAAAUUGUAUCUAUAUUUCAUUAAAACCUUAUAGGUAAUACAAAUUCAACGAGAUAUUGUAAACUUGUAUUGAAAAUAACGUGGCAAGGUAAAACAAAUUCAAGGAGGGACUGCAAAAUGUAUCUAAGUUACUUAUUAAAUAUCGAAAAUUAUAUAGUAUCUUAAGGUUAUCAAAGAUUCAACGGGGGAUUAUUAAUUUGUAUCUAAAAUACUGUAGUAUCAUAAAUGUAAUACAGACUCAACGAAGGGCAGAAACACGUGUUACUUUUUCGUUUCUCAUUGUAGCUUGGCUUAUAUAUCAAUAAUCUUUAAUAUUAAUCUUAUAAUCUAACAAUAAUCUUAUAUAUUAAAGGUCUAGAGAUGAACGCACUUGAACGCACUUAGUCGUAGAUCGUCGGCGAUGAUCCCCGAUGCAGUUUCUCGAUGACAGUCUAUGAAAGUCUGCGAUGGCUUAUGAAAUAUGAAAACCGGGCCAUCGGGAACCAUUGGCAAGUAUUCCCGAUCAUCGAUGAAUUUAAAACUAGAAAUAGCUCUUGCUAGUACUGCCCGCAAACAAUUAAUUCCUUGAUAAUGAUUGUUUUGAAAAUUUAGGUCAGGAUAUUCGAAGAAGACACCAUCUUGGGUUUUCACAAUUUUAUAAAAACAGCUGCUCUAGUUGAUGCUAAACUAUUCUUUUUAUCAAGAAUUUUUGGUGUUCAGUUUGCCUUUGAUUUAAGUCCAACGCCCUUUUGAAAAUCAUGAAGUUUUUCUAGGGUUUGACAAUUAUUUUGCGUUUUCGUGAAGCAAAGACGUAUGAAAAUGGACACGUGAUAGAACGGGUACAGCUAAAAUCGAUUGCGAUAAAGGAUUCGUACAGCGAUGUACAGGCUAUAAUCACGACAAUCAUAACUUUUGCUCGUACGGUGUCGAGUUUUUGGGAGAAAGGUGUGGCAUUCGACUGGUUUUGAUUCCCAAAACUUCAAAUCAAAACUUCCAUCCAUUGCGGAGAACCGAGCUGUGAUGCAGCACCGUUUUCGUGCCAAAAAAACCGAAGUCUUUUGUUCUAACUCUUUGUUCGUGUUUAUUGAAAUCACGUGACCUAAGUAAGGGGACGCGUGAAAACAAGUGUGUAGGAUUGUUGUUGAGUUUUGAAUGUUUCACGAGAGUAUUGGUAAUGUUACAAUCUAUUCUGUGCUGAUAUUAUUAAAACUAUGGUCAGCUCAUAUUGUGCAGUUCAGGGAUGGGGCAUUUCUGUCACCACUCUUACUCGGAAGUAAGAUUUCUUAGAACUUCGCGACGCAAUUGACAAUAUUUUUUUGGCUUGGAUAAACGGUAUAGAAAGAAUAACACGACUGUAAACAAUUAUUUUAAGCGUCACAUUGAAUCUGGAGAUGUUUUUAGUUGCGAGAACAUCGGCGUGGGGAAAAAUUGGAUGGGUUAUUUGCAGCCCCCCUAUCUCAGACAAAACUGUCACAUUUCCGACUCCACUCGGACAGUUCUAUCUCAAUGAAGAAACGAUUUUCAGGGAAGAUCCAUGCUCAGCCCCCCUGAACGUCGAACAUCCGCUACGCGCCUGGCGAAAACCAUUACCAAUUUAGAAAUUUAAGAAAUUUUCAAUGCUCUGUUUCUCCAAAAGUCACAUUUUGUAGUAUGUUCAAGCGAAAUGAGGACCUCAAUUAUUGCAAUCUUAAAUGUCCUGUCUAGACCUGAUAAGAGUUUUGAAACAAACAUACGAGCCUUCGUGGAACAUUGAUGAAGUCGAGUACGUUGCUGAUACAGAUAUGGUUGAAGUUCGAAGAGCCAAAAUAGGGUGUGAUCAAAAAACUUAUGAAAGAAUUUUCAGAGGAAUACACAAAGGACAAACAACAGGGCGCCCUCGCCAUCAUCAUUUUGGACCAAGGACCGAGAUAGCGGGGGGCCAGGAGCCUUGCCCCCCAAAAACUUAAUAGCAUAAGUAAAAUACUUUUAUUUUCUAAAAUUUGGCUGUUGCUACACUUAUUAAUCAGGGCUUCACAACCCCUUCCCCCUAUCCCAAAAAAGUAAACAAAAUGUUGUAUCUCGGUCUCUGUUUGGACAGAACAAAAGUAUUCAACGUAGAAACAUUGGUUGAAAAGUUGAAAGAUGAAAAAACAAUAGAGCAAUCAGAUUCGACUUUUUUGCAUCCACAUUUAAUCAGCUAUCAUCUGUUUUAGGGUGUGAAAAAUGUUUUUUGAAAGUUAGUUUUUUUAAUCGCGAAGACAGACUUUGAAACGCAGAAACUUUGUCAAAAGCCCAAAUGUCAUUGUUUUUGACACUCAUGGGUCGCCUGUGUGCGCUGGGCCUCACAAAACUAUCUGCAUCUGCUAUUGCGAGAGAAGAAAAUGUUCUAUCUUGUCCCCUUACUUAGGUCACGUGAUUAGAAUAAAAGUGUUUUCAAGUUCUAGAUGAGAACAAAAGAACAGAACAAUGGGCUUCCAGACCAGAGUUGUCUCUAUUGACUAUGCUUUAACAGAGUCUUGGCAGAGCAACUCUCCGAAGAUAAUUCCCUUCCGCACAAAGAGGUGGCGGUUAACGACCUCCUCGACAAAGCCGAUUGAUUGACAAUGAAAUUGAUUGACAGUUGUCAUGGCAGCAGAAAAGUGACAAAAUCUGCUGACAAAGUGCUGACAACAUGAACUGAAGUUUCCAUAUGCUACUUAUACGCGGGGCAGACUAUAAGCCCUUCACUAGCGCGCUAUCGCGCGCGAGUUGCGGGCAAUAAUUUGUCUUUCCCAUGAACAUUAGCAACAAGAACAAUAGAUCGAGACGUCAUACCUUUUUUAGAGCGAGAGGCCAUUUUUAUUAAAGCCAGGGUAACUUCUUUGCGAAAACUUCACAAUUUCUUUAUUUGGUCUGAACACUGAUCUAAUGUACUAAUUCGAACAUGCCAUUUUCACCGGGCGUGAAGGGUUUCGGGAACUGAUAAGUUACCUGGCAGUCGAAAAAUCUGGUGUUACGAAAUAGGCUCUUAGCUCUUAGUCAAAGAACUUGAUUUCUUAGUCAAAGAAAAUGCUGUUUAGCUGUCAUAGGAAUAUCAACUAGCGCAUUAUCUUCUUUUGCAAACAAUUUUGACUUGGGUGGGGGAUGGUCUUUUCCACGACUAGGUUAUCCCUAGUAUCUUAACCUCUGUUAAAAUACAAUAAUCAAGUUCAGUGAAAUUAUUAUUUGGUCACACUCGCAGCUCCCAUCAACCAAGAUUUUUCUUGAAUUCAUAUUUCUGCACCCAAAGCAGGUUGCAGGAUCGCUUUUACCGCUGUCUCCAUUAGAUUUCGUUUGUCUUUUGGAUAUUGCUUCAACCACCCCCCCCCCACCCCACCCCCAUGCUUCGAUUUUUUUUAUAAUUAUAAAAAUAAAAACUUUGAAAAAACGGUAUCAGUUUUCAAACAAAGUCGACUCCUUUUUUCACAAGCUAAGAGGUUCUUUCAAUGUUUCCAAGCAUGUGGUUCGAAGAUAUAAUGGUAUAAAAAUAAAUUUUAUGUGGAUAUUAGCGUCCUAGCAGACAUGUAGCUAGGAUUUUCUAGCUUGUUUAUACUUAUAAAUGAAAUGCCUGACAAUUUUUUGUCUUUUCACCGCGGACUAUUUUCAAUAAAACACGAAACUUCAUUUGUACUUUCACCGUUGCGGUGAAAGCCUUUACAACGGCAUCGUUAAAGGGCCACUCCAGCCCAAAACUUUUUUUGCAUAAAUUGGUAAUUAGUCGAGAAAAAGAAGCUAUCGUGAAUUUUUUUUUCGAAAAGCUUAACUCGUUUUCCAGAUAUAGACGCUCAAAGUUGAGAAUCACCGUAAAAAUACGACAAAAUUUUUUUCGGAAAAAGCACUUUGUGACGUGUGACGUGUGAAAGGGCUAUUGUUUCAACAUUCGGCGCUAUUGUUAUACGUUCGCACUGAAAUUCGCACGACUCGGUAGAGGCUCGGAAGAGGCGGUUGUCGUUUUAUUUAUUUUCCUUCAUUGCGAAUGAUGUUCAGCGGAGGCUUCCAGCCAACAUGGACUAGUAAUUCGACAAAUCAAAGAUGGAAGCUUCAACCUGAACUCAUAUCCUCAUCUUGGCAACGCAGCAAGCUUUUCAAUAUGGAAUGCUUCACGAAUUUUCAGAUGUGAAUGGAUUUCUGACCGAAGGCAUUUCUUAUCGUCGUGUCAUCUCAGGGAUUUCCAGGGAGCUGAAUAAUAAUUGAUGUCUCACCGCAUUAGAAGAACCCCAUUCACAAGAUGGAAACUUUCCCGCAUAAAAAAGGUUACAAACUCUUCUAUGGAUCAGCAGAAAGGAUCUUGCAAAAAAAUGCUAGAUGAAGGUUGGAGAUUACAUGCAUCUCCUGUUAUCUGGCUACUGGCUUUGUGGGAGUGAUAACUUGCCCCUCUCUUCCAUUCAAGAGUUACUACAAAGACCUCAACACAUUAUUCUGUUUUUGUAUUAACAUUUUUACAAAGGAGACUAUUUUUCUAAAAUUAUUAAAAUUUUAUAUAUAAUUUGGUCAUAUAUAAUGUUUGCAAAUUAUUUAAAGCUAGUAACAACAUAUAGGUAUUUUCUAGAAGUUUUGCAAUAGAUUAUUGUUUCAUGAUACUUUUAUAAGAACAUUUCUCAUGUGCAAUAGAAAUUACAAAUUGCUAGCUAGUUCACUGGCCUGAUUGUAUAAUUCAAUGUAGCCAAGUAUUUAAAUACAUCAAACAUGUAUUUAUUAUUCAUAAAUAUAGCAGGUUGAGAUUCUGACAGCUUAAAGGAGCCGACAAGGCCCCUGUAAUAGCUUAAAGGUUAAAUACAAAAAUUAUAUUUACAAAAGUAUAUUGAAAAAGUUGAAUUAUUAAUAUAAUCUCAAAUCCCUUUUUGGUUUGUAUAAAAACAAAUUUAUAAUUUUUGAAAAAGUUGUUUGACUCAUGACUAAUGGUAGGUUUUUAGUCUUGUCUUGAAAGUUGUAUACUUUCUUGUCCAUGUCCUCAUUUGUCCUGUUUUAUUUCCAAUAAGUCAUGUUGAUAUGAAGCUCUUUAUCCUAAUGAAUAUGUUGUAUCAAUUCAUACAGCUUUCAUUCCCGAUAUACUGGUUUUGUUUUCUUCUUUCCUCCCGAAUUAAUUGCGCGAUGGUUUUUUAGCUGUUGCACUAAAGGAGGGGCUGAUGAAAAAGCGCGAAUCUUCUUUUUAAAAUCAGGGAACUGGCCUGCCAAUACAAAUUGCUUCAAAAGCAACAUUCCAUGAAAGUCUGUCAACAUCCUCAUGUCUAUGUCUCGCUAGCCUACUUUGCCAAUUCGACUUCUCUGUCAGAAAGAUUCGUGCGACAAAAAACUUCCAUAUUCGAUCAGAAUAUCAAGACUGAUGAGCGAUACUUCUCUCUUUAUAUCGAUUCCAGAUAAAAGUCUGGCCUUCUAACAAACAUGCCGCUGCUAGGCCCUGUCUGCCAUUUCGCUAGGUUCUCGUUGACCCUUUGGACAGCCGAUGAUACUUGCCGCGAACUUACCGAGACCGAAAAUGCCUGUGACGUCAAUCCGAAGAUCUCCGAUAACACGGUUGAAAAACAAUUCAACUCAAUGACCAUUUUACAAACGCUAAUAACUACAAAACGGUUAGAGAUAUGAAAAAAAUAAUAACAGAUUCGUUUUCAGGAGGUCUGAUUACAUCGUGUUCUGAAAUAAAAAUUUUGGGCUGGAGUGGCCCUUUAACAUGUCACUUGUGACGUCAACCGAGAAUUUUAACAACUCCUGGCGAUAAUCUUGUUUCCGCUUCGGGAAAUUCCCGAGUCCUGGCUGUGACGUAAUUGACGGAUAAAAGUGCAAAUAUCAGAAAAACGGCGAAUCUAAGAAGAAAACUUUUUCCAGAUUUGAAGUCAGCGACAAAUUUUGCAUCGAAUAAGCCAAAGUUAUUUUUGCGUGUCAGUUCUCCUUUAAAGAAGCUAUAAAAUCCUAGCUACAUGUCUGCUAGGAAGCUAAUAUCCACAUAAAAUUUAUUUUUAUGCCAUGAUAUCUUCGAACCAGCAUGCUUUAAAACAUUGAAAGAACCUUUAAGCUUAUGAAAAAAGGGGUCGACUUUUUGUUUGAAAACUGAUACCGUUCUUCAAAGUUUUUAUUUUGGUAACUACAAAUAAAAUCGCAACAGCGGGGGAGGGGGGUUGAAGCAAUAGCCAAAAGACUAACGAAAUCUAAUCGAGACGGCGGUAAAAGCGAUCCUACAACCUGCUUUGGGUGCAUAAAUAUGAAUUCAAGAAAAUACGUUGGUUGAUGGAAGCUGCAAGUGGGACUAAAAAAUAAUUUCACUGAACUUGAUUAUUGUAUUUUAACAGAGGUUGAGAUACUAGGGAAUAACCUAGUCUUGCAAAAAAACCAUCCCCCACCCAAGUCAAAAUUGUUAGCAAACGAAGAUAAUGCGCCAAUUAAAAUUCCUAUGACAGCUAAACAGCAUUUUCUUCGACUAAGAAAUAAAAUUCUUUGACUAGUGAAUCCAGAUAUUUAUAACAACCUUCGUUUCCCGAAAUUUUUCACGCCCAGUAAGAAUGGCAUUUAAUUCGCACAUGUAUGACUUUCAACCCGCCUUUAGUAUUUAAUAUCACGAUACACUUAACGUAUUUGAUACAUUGAAAACAAUCAUAGUUUGAAUACAAUUAGGCCAUGCAGAACAGUCUGGACAAAAAGACACCUCAAUCUGAAAUGAAAUUUUAGUUUUACCAUACCUGAUCUCAUUUAAAGUGUGCCAAUAGCAAUGUUUUUAAUAUAAAUUCCAUAUCAGUUUGUACUUCCACUCUGUUCCUUGUUCAUAAUAUUGAGCCAUGGGACGACAGUCUGCCCAAGCAGCAGCGCUGGUUGCCGGUGUCAUAAGCGUUUCGGUAACCUUGCAAAACGGUCCGGGUACACAAACGCAUGACAAUUUUGGUUAUGCAAAAACGUACCCAAGCAUUCAAACAAUAGGGUACCAAAACGAAUAGUGGAAUUUAGCAUGCAAAACGGUCCGGGUACACAAACGCAUGACAAUUUUGGUUAUGCAAAAACGUACCCAAGCAUUCAAACAAUAGGGUACCAAAACGAAUAGUGGAAUUUAGCAUACAAAACGGUCCGGGUACACAAACGCAUGACAAUUUUGGUUAUGCAAAAACGUACCCAAGCAUUCAAACAAUAGGGUACCAAAACGAAUAGUGGAAUUUAGCAUACAAAACGGUCCGGGUACACAAACGCAUGACAAUUUUGGUUAUGCAAAAACGUACCCAAGCAUUCAAACAAUAGGGUACCAAAACGAAUAGUGGAAUUUAGCAUACAAAACGGUCCGGGUACACAAACGCAUGACAAUUUUGGUUAUGCAAAAACGUACCCAACCAUUCAAACAAUAGGGUACCAAAACGAAUAGUGGAAUUUAGCAUACAAAACGGUCCGGGUACACAAACGCAUGACAAUUUUGGUUAUGCAAAAACGUACCCAACCAUUCAAACAAUAGGGUACCAAAACGAAUAGUGGAAUUUAGCAUACAAAACGGUCCGGGUACACAAACGCAUGACAAUUUUGGUUAUGCAAAAACGUACCCAAGCAUUGAAACAAUAGGGUACCAAAACGAAUAGUGGAAUUUAGCAUACAAAACGGUCCGGGUACACAAACGCAUGACAAUUUUGGUUAUGCAAAAACGUACCCAAGCAUUCAAACAAUAGGGUACCAAAACGAAUAGUGGAAUUUAGCAUACAAAACGGUCCGGGUACACAAACGCAUGACAAUUUUGGUUAUGCAAAACGUACCCAAGCAUUCAAACAAUAGGGUACCAAAACGAAUAGUGGAAUUUAGCAUACAAAACGGUCCGGGUACACAAACGCAUGACAAUUUUGGUUAUGCAAAACGUACCCAAGCAUUCAAACAAUAGGGUACCAAAACGAAUAGUGGAAUUUAGCAUACAAAACGGUCCGGGUACACAAACGCAUGACAAUUUUUGUUAUGCAAAAACGUACCCAAGCAUUCAAACAAUAGGGUACCAAAACGAAUAGUGGAAUUUAGCAUACAAAACGGUCCGGGUACACAAACGCGUGACAAUUUUGGUUAUGCAAAACGUACCCAAGCAUUUAUGCAAUAGGGUACCCAAACGAAUAGUGGAAUUUAGCAUGCGAACCGGUUGAAUAUUCUGGUUCAUAUUGUUCAGAAUGUAAAGAACAAUUGAACUAUUUUUAUAAAAGGGAUGCAAAUAAGAAGCGGUGCUUUGAUUUCCGUUGUUAAGUUUAUGCAAAAAAAGUACAACAUCAAUGGCGACUCCAAGCUUUGCGUGAUUGACAAGUGUAAAUAUUAAACUCUUAAAAACGUGUCAAAACAUCGCACAAUGAUGAAGUCACAUGAUCUGAAACACAUUGCGUUUCACAAUGCUACACUUUUGCAUAGGGUACCAAAACGCAUUUUACACCGGUGUAAUACUUUUUUUUGCGCGGUUACCAGAAUCUGCGUGGGCUACUGCAUCAGGGCAAGAUGCAUUAUGCCAAACGCUGCAUCACAUGAUGACAACAUCACAUCAUUCUCACAUCGACUUUUGAGAUGAACAAAACUUUAAGGAGGAAAAUAUGGGAUUAUGCCCACGCAUGCGCAAGAAUAAAAGUAACAUGAAAUGUUUCAGGUAAUCUGCAAUCUUUUUGUGUUCCCCUUACGUUGAGACAUACAAUUUGUGAGCGUUUUUGGUGAGAGAAACCACUUCAUUUUGGACAAGAAUCGAAAAUAUUUAGCCCACGCAGAAAAAUUGGAAAUGUGAAGUUUCAAUUUAUCUGCAUGGCCUACCUUAUCUGCCCCCCUGUCUAAGUCUACAACUUGUCAAUGUUCUUAAUGCUUCAAAUCGAUGAGAACGAUCAUAUUAUAAACGUUUUCUGAUAAAAAGUUGCUACAUUUUGGACAAGAAUCGAAAAUAAUGAGCCCACGCAGAAAAAUUGGAAAUGUGAAGUUUCAAUUUAUCUGCGUGGCCUACCUUAUCUGCCCCCUGUCUAAGUCUGCAAGUUGUCACUGUUCCUAUUGCUUCAAAUCGAUGAGAACUAUCAUAUUAUCAACGUUUUUGGUAAAAAAUUGCUACAUUUUGGACAAGAAUCGAAAAUAUUGAGCCCACGCAGAAAAAUUGGAAAUGUGAAGUUUCAAUUUAUCUGCGUGGCCUACCUUACCUGCCCCCCUGUCUAAGUCUGCAAGUUGUCACUGUUCCUAUUGCUUCAAAUCGAUGAGAACUAUCAUAUUAUCAACGUUUUUGGUAAAAAGUUGCUACAUUUUGGACAAGAAUCGAAAAUAAUGAGCCCACGCAGAAAAAUUGGAAAUGUGAAGUUUCAAUUUAUCUGCGUGGCCUACCUUAUCUGCCCCCUGUCUAAGUCUACAACUUGUCACUGUUCUUAAAGCUUCAAAUCGAUGAGAACUAUCGUAUUAUCAACGUUUUUAAUAAAAAGUUGCUAUAUUUUGGACAAGAAUCGAAAAUAAUGAGCCCACGCAGAAAAAUUGGAAAUGUGAAGUUUCAAUUAAUCUGCGUGGCCUACCUUAUCUGCCCCCCUGUCUAAGUCUACAACUUGUCACUGUUCUUAAUACUUCAAAUCGAUGAGAACUAUCAUAUUAUCAACGUUUUUGAUGAAAAAUUGCUAUAUUUUGGACAAGAAUCGAAAAUAAUGAGCCCACGCAGAAAAAUUGGAAAUGUGAAGUUUCAAUUUAUCUGCGCGGCCUACCUUAUCUGCCCCCCUGUCUAAGUCUACAACUUGUCACUGUUCUUAAUGCUU